AAGACCCAACACAUCAAACAAAGGUUAUCCCUGAUCAUUAUCCCUUUCUUCCAGUAUCAAAAAAAUUAUCCCUUUCUUCUAUCUCAAAAAAUAAAUCUAAAUUUCUUUCAUAAAGUUUCUUUCUUCACAUAAUAAGUGCCUAAAAUCUCCACCCGUGAACCCACUCAUCACAUGAAUCUCUGACUCCAUUGAGUGGAGAAGAGAGCUACACUUCACAAAUUCACUUUACACAUUCAACGGUCCAGAUUCACUCUUUUCCACUACAUUUUUCACUCUCUUUACAAUCAAUCAACGGUCCUGAUUCUACAUUCAUAAAUUACCCUUUUUCACUUUCUUUAUAAAUUAUAACCCCUAUUUCAGACACAUUUUUCUGACUAGUCACAAUGAACCCUCUAAUUUUCUUUCUAUUUUCACUCAUCUUAGCAUCAACAAACACAGAAUCAAAAACACAUUGGUUAGACACAAAAUCUCUAAAACAACUCAAACAAAACAUAAACCGUAAUUCAAUAACCCCAGGCUCAUGCAUCAGCUCCUGGGACUUCACCUUUGACCCAUGUGACAAUCUCUUCAGUGAAAAAUUCACCUGCGGAUUCAGAUGUGACACCAUCAUCUCCAAUCUGAGUCGAGUCACUGAACUCACUCUCGACCAAGCUGGUUACUCAGGCUCACUUAGCAUAGACAAUUUUCCUUAUCUCAACACACUAGAUGUUUCAAACAACUACUUCACUGGUAACAUACCAGAAUCUUUGUCUAGCUUAACUCGUUUGAGUCGACUCAUUCUUUCAUCAAACUCUUUCACUGGAGAAAUACCAUCUUCCAUUGGAUCUCUUACAAAUCUAGAAGAGUUGUAUCUUGAUAACAACAAUCUUCAAGGAACGGUUCCUUCAAGUUUCAACUAUCUUAAAAGCUUAACUAGGCUUGAUCUUCAACAAAAUAAGCUCAGUGGAAAAAUACCUAAUUUGGGUUCUCUUGAAAAUCUUUACUACAUGGAUCUUAGUAAUAAUGGAUUUUCCGGUGACCCGUUUGGAUUUCCGGCGUCUUUGGUUCAGAUUUCAAUGAGGAACAAUAAUUUAAGUGGUAGUUUAGCUUCUGAAAGCUUCAAGAAUUUGAAUUAUCUGCAGGUUGUGGAUUUCAGUUCAAACAAAAUCAAUGGCUAUGUUCCUUCUAUAUUCUUUCAGCUUCCAUCUUUGCAACAGUUAACACUUUCAUUCAACGAAUUUUCCUCCAUUGAAGCUCCUUCUUAUGGAACAGAAUCAUCUCAAAGCGAGCUUAUAGCGGUUGAUUUGAGUAAUAACCAGCUUGAAGGUUUUUUACCUGCGUUUUUAGCUACGAUGCCAAAGCUUUCUUCUUUGUCUUUGGAGAAUAACCGGUUCACCGGUUUAAUACCGGUUCAGUUUGCAUUGAAAACGGUUUUUCCUGAAAUUGGGAUGGCUCCGUUUGGGAGGCUUUUGUUGGGAGGAAAUUAUUUGCUCGGUGGGAUACCUCGUCCUUUGCUUGUUCUUAAACAAGAUUCUGCUAAUGUCAGUUUAGUUGAUAAUUGUUUGUUUAGGUGUCCUCAUGUUUUCUUUUUUUGUCAAGGUGGAACACAAAAAUCAUCUUUUGAAUGUAGUAGUGUAAUUAUUCCUUAGUUUAUUUUAUGAAUUUCUGAUUAUGAUGGUUUUUAAUUUCAUU